UCAGUUAGUCUAGCACUCGAGUUCGGCGCGCGCGGAGGUUUCCCACAGUUCCCGCUACGAUACAUUGCUUUGCUGAAUGAAUCGCUAAUUCCUUUGUCUACCCGAUAAUUGCUUUGUUAGAAAAGGUGUGCGAUAAGGCCGUGACCUUCGCUUGAGCAAAAUGCCAAGAGAUGAUGAGGCGCCAAUUAUUGGCAGCGACGAUGAGGCACUGGAAACCGGAGUGGUUACCCCGCCCACAAAUGGGUUUCUGGGUCGCUGGCUAAAACGACCUCGAUCGCUGAUUCUAGAGCCCGCCGUAUUUCUGGUUUUCUUUGGCAGAUUUCUCACAGAUGCUGUCUAUCAGAAUCAGAUACUCUACCAGACCUGCGUCACGGUCAUGAAAUAUAAUGCUACGGAAUGCGAGCCAUUUCUCGGUACGGAUCGUGCCUCCGAUGAGGUUAAGAAGAUCGAGGGCCAAGUUCAAAGUUAUGCGUCCACCAUCACGAUGAUAAGUACAAUGCUCGAAAGCACAGUUCCCGCACUAGUGAGUCUAUUUCUGGGUCCUUGGUCUGACAAAUUUGGGAGAAGACCCAUACUUCUAUCAACAUUUAUAGGAUACUUUAUUAGUGCGAUCAUAUUGAUUGUUCUUACACAAGUAACAACGGCCACCAAUAUUAGUCCUUGGUGGUUCCUGCUGUCUUCUGUACCAUCUGUGUUCAGUGGAGGAACUUGCGCCCUCAUCACCAUCCUCUAUUGCCACGUAUCUGAUGUGGCCACCGAGGAUAGGCGAGCCAUGAGGAUGGUAACCAUGGAAGCUGCUCUGGGACUGGGAAUGAUGGCGGGGAGUGUGGCUAGUGGAUCCAUCUAUGCCGCCACUGGUGCGUCAACACUGUUUAUCUUGGUGGGCUCGAUCAUCUCCAUUGCGGUUAUCUACGUCUACUUUUUUGUGCCGGAGAGUCUCAAGUCUGAAGAUAUUCAAACUGGGUCCCGUAUUCGAGAGUUCUUCCGUUUGGACUUGGUAAAGGUCCUCGUAAGGACGUGCAUUAAAAAACGAGAGAACUACGAUCGUGCUAUUAUCUGGUUUGUGAUGAUGUCGCUGACCUUGUGCGUUUUCGCUAUGGAGGGAGAGAACACAGUGAACUAUAUGUUUAUGCGAAAGCAGUUCGAUUUCACUGUCCAGGAUUACAGUACCUUUAAUGCGGCAAGGGUGGUCAUACAAGUGGUGGGCAGUGCCUUCGCCAUGAUCCUGUUACGUCGCCUCCUUGGAAUGUCCACCAUCGUGAUGACGCUCAUCGCCUUCGCCUGCUGCGUCCUCGAGAGCACUGUUCGAGCAACUGCUGUUUAUGGAAGCGAGAUGUAUCUGGCCCUGGUUCUGGGCAUGAUGCGAGGUGUCAUGUCGCCAAUGUGCAAGGCCAUCUUAUCGCACGUGACUCCCACUUCUGAGUUGGGUAAAAUAUUUUCAUUAACUACUUCCCUGCAAUCCAUCUCGCCGCUGGGAGCUGCACCAAUGUAUACGGCGGUAUACCAAGCAACAGUUAAUUUCUAUCCGGGCAUCUUCAACUUUAUUAGCGUGGGACUUUACUUCAUCUGUUAUUGCAUGUCGGCCACGGUCUUCGGAAUUCAGAAAUCAAUGGGCAGCGACAGCGUCUACCAGGCCAUAGGAAGUUAACCUCACCCUCUUACUUUUCUUAAAAAAGACAUUGAAAUGAAACCUUGACAAAUCCACUAUUCCAAAAUUAUAUAUAAGCCAGUGUAUCAACAUGUUUUCAAAACGUAUUUAAGUAUUAUUUUAAUAUUUGCUGUGCCGAUUAGGUUUAGGCAGAUGAAUAGGACUUCUUAGUAAUAACAAACACCAAUAACCAAAAAUUAAGGGUAAGCUAUAGUAUAAGUUUUUCAAUUAUUUUACGGAUUUAAUCCAUUUAGAUUUGCUUUGGUGUGAUAAAAUAUAAUUUUUGAUGCAGUUGUUACUAAUAUUUAUUUUUUUGUUAUUAUCACAGCUUACAAGAUUUUUGGUGAAAGGUUUUCAAGUUUGUAUUGGUUUUAAUGUUUAUAAUCAACGUACGCGAGGUGAUGAGGAAAAUCGGACUUGGAAGGCAGCUAGUGUUUGUUUAUGUGUAAAGGUGAUAUGUACUUGAAAGCAUUAAGCGCCAAUUCACAGUCAAUAAACAAGUUAAUCAUAUAUUGACUCCACAUACUAAAUGGUAAAUAGUAUCACCAGUCGAUUUCAGAGGAGAAAAUGCUGCCAACCAAAGCAGCUGGGUCUUAUAACAGAAAGCUGACAUAAAUCUGAUAUAGGAACUUCGCCUGAAGCAAAAAAAUUCUAACUAAACACACGGUUUCCAAAGACAAUUGCCUUAUUGAUCUCACCACGACUAGAUGGGAAGAUUAUUAGUUUCGUGUAAGAAGAGUACAAAUUGUAAAAGUUAGGGUCAGAAAGUAAAUAAAAUAUUUAUAAACGCUUUAGAAUUA